ACGAGUGCGUGCACCACACCGAGAUUUCUGCGUUCUAUACCUUCGAAGCCAUGAUGACCCCGCCGGCUGCGCGCCUGGCGCUGGUUCUUCUGUCUUGCAUUGUAUGGAAGUUGUACAGCUGCGUAGACGGAUCAACCGAGGCAUGUGACACAGGCAACGGAUGGACUCUUCACGGCUCCCACUGCUACAAGAAGAUGGAGACCCCCAACGGUUGGCUGGGGGCUCGUUACGACUGCGUCUUAGAGGGCGGCGACCUUGUCUCCUUCACCGACGAGAACAAGCAAGACUUUGUGAAGGGGCAGAUGGGCGACAAGCCGUUCUGGAUCGGACUCUCCAAUCUGGACUGCACAGAGGAGUGGUGUUGGUUUUAUGAAGCGGGAGAAAAGGAGCUGACUUGGUCCAACACCAGUAUGACGCCGGACUACACCAAUUGGGACACGCGUCAAACGGGAAGCUCCAAUGUUGCUUCCUGCGCCUACGUCAACCAAGGUGUGCACCCCUAUGGUAACAAUCAGCCUGGCAAGUGGAGACAUGGCUCGUGCGCAUCCUCCUUGGCGUACAUGUGCGAGCGGCCGCUCGACGCCUGCUCGAAUGGACGUACCUGUUCCCACAAAGAAUCUGGUUCCAUUUACAAUCAACUGGAGACUUCCUUCUGUGACUCUGGCGAGUUCCUGUACAAGGACUCGUGUUACCAUUUUGAGGAGACAAAAACAACCUGGCAAGCGGGUGAGGAUUUCUGCAAGAACAAGGGAGGUCACCUGGCCAGCGUCCACUCACAGGUUGACGGAGAAUUUUUGUAUGGUCACGCGCGAGGUGAUGGAUGGUAUUGGGUGGGACUCAAGAAGACCAAUGGCAAGUUGGAGUGGAGCGACGGAUCACCCACAGCAAGGCCAGAGAUUUCUUCCGGUAUCUUCCGGUGA